GUGUGAUUAGGCCUGCCAGAGUGGUAAUGGAACAUAUCGAACUCGGCACAUCUAUAACUUAGCUAGUAUAUAACGUCACUUAUCAACUCAUCGCAAUUUGGCUUGUUCUUCUUGCCUCAUGGUAAACGUACCGACCUAAAGAUCGUGAGGGAUAAUAUCAUGAAUUUGGGAAUACUUCGAAUUCUAGACUACAUUUGAUGUCAUCAACAUACUAUCCAGUCAAAAUGUUUUCCAGAACUAUGCUCUUGAGCGUCUUCACCGCGCUCGUCGCCGGCGUUCCCUCUCCCCUAAUUCAAAGACAAGAUGCAUGUGCCGGCGACAAGUCCAUUGUGGGAUAUUGCAAAACCCUGUCAUACACAGACAGAACCGGUGCCUCUUCGACAUCAGCGCCAUCCUCUUCAGACUGUCAACAGACUUGCCGGGGCGUAUUGACGGAUGCAGGCUAUUGGGGCGUCGAUUUUCAUAACAGGCCUGCGGGUUAUCGCGACAACCUAUAUCUGGGGCCUUGCAAGUUCGGUGUCUCCCGGGAAACAGACGAAGACACCUCGCAGUUCUCGUUUUCGAUGCAUAACCAAGAUAUCGUGGACGUAAUCGACGAGGUCAUUAAGAGAUAUGCGGGCAAACAUAAUGGAAAGGUACGAGCGGAUGGUAAGAUGGAGUGUUCGGGCCAUGUAGUUCGUUGGUACGUUGGGUAGGUGGCCAGGAGGCCAUGGAAAUCCAAGCAUGAGCAAUGAAAAACGAUAGCGUUAAUACCAUGAUAUUUUUACGAGGCAGACAGUUAGAACGGCUUUCUGCCAACUCACUUAUCAUGUAUAGAGAAGAGGUAUGGCCUCCAGGCCUGGGGUGUUCGUGGGUUUCGCAAGGGCAAGUUACCUAGGUAGGUAGUUUGAAUGCAGAAGUGUUACUUAACAUACUGAGCUCAACCUCGUGGUUUUGUCAUCUUUGUGCGGCGUAUCACAAUAAUGAUUUUAAUUUGGAGUAAAUAUAAACUGCUUAAACUCUUUACUCUCAUGUACAUGGCUAAACGAUGAUACCAAGUUUCUAGCUCAGGAAUAGAUCUUGAAGGAACGAGCAUUCCAGCAUAGGGUCUUGAAAACUCAUAUCCA